UUUCCGUUUCCGGUCCGCACAGAGAGCGCCGGGAGCCGUUCGAUCUGCACGUGUCGGAAAUGGGGGCCUACCUGUCCCAGCCCAGCACCGGCAAGACCUCCAGCGACGGCGGCCAUGGAGACAUCAGCUUCGGCUACUCCGCCAUGCAGGGCUGGAGGGUGAGCAUGGAGGAUGCUCAUAACUGUAUCCCGAAGCUGGACUGUGAGACGGCCAUGUUCUCUGUGUAUGACGGCCAUGGAGGGGAAGAGGUGGCAUUGUACUGUGCCAAAUACCUCCCAGAAAUCAUCAAAGAGCAGAAAGCCUACAAGGAAGGAAAACUCCAAAAGGCCUUGGAGGAUGCUUUUCUUGCCAUAGAUGACAGACUUAUCCAAGAAGAUGUAAUUAAAGAGCUGUCUCAGAUGGCAGGCCGUCCCAUAAACGACCAUGAGGGUGAGAAGGAUAAAGUUGCAGAUGAGGAUGAUGUGGACAAUGAGGAAGCUGCCCUUUUACAUGAAGAAGCCACUAUGACCAUUGAAGAACUAUUAACUCGCUAUGGGCAGAAUUGUGGCAAGGGCCCACGGAAUAAGAUGAGCCCACCAUCUGCUGAUAAAGACCCAGAAGAUAAGCCAAAAGAGGCCGUCAUGAAUGGCGAUCUGGGGUUAGAGCUUUCUGGGGAUCCUCAGGAAACAAAUGGAAAGAAGGAAGCAGAGGCAGCAACCUCUCCUGGGAUCUCCUCCUCCUCUGCAAGUUGUGGUGGGAGCCGUGAUAGUACUCAGCGAAGCUCUUCUCGUGCAAAGGUUGAGUCUUUAGAUGAAGCUGUUUCAUCUUCCACCGGGGAGGCCGGGCCUUCCUGCUCCUCCAAGUGCAAGCGACAGAGUGCAGCCAAGUCCCAGAUCUUUGAAGACAGCGAAUCCGAAGCAGAGGAAGAAGAGGAUAGUGAGGAAGGCAGUGAUGAGGAGGAGGAGGAAGAGGAUUAUAGCAGUGACGAAGCUGAAAAUGAAGACGAGGACAGUGAAGAUCUAGAAGAUGAGGAGGAGGAGGAAGAGGAAGAGAUGAUGCUCCCUGGCAUGGAAGGGAAGGAAGAGCCUGGAUCUGACAGUGGAACCACAGCCGUGGUAGCUCUCAUUCGAGGAACCCAGCUAAUUGUGGCCAAUGCUGGUGACUCUCGCUGUGUUGUAUCAGAGAAUGGAAAGGCCGUGGAUAUGUCCUAUGAUCACAAACCAGAAGAUGAAUUGGAACUGGCUCGGAUCAAGAAUGCUGGGGGCAAAGUGACCAUGGAUGGACGGGUGAAUGGUGGGCUGAACCUGUCUCGUGCAAUUGGUGAUCACUUCUACAAGAGGAACAAGAAUCUCCCGCCUGAGGAGCAGAUGAUCUCUGCACUGCCUGAUAUCAAAGUCCUGACUCUGAAUGAGGAACACAACUUCAUGGUGAUCGCUUGUGAUGGCAUUUGGAAUGUGAUGAGCAGCCAGGAGGUUGUGGAUUUUGUUCACGAUAGAAUAAUUCUGCAGGAAAAGUCCGCUAAACCUGUCUUAUUGUCUGCUAUAGUGGAGGAGCUUCUGGACCAGUGUUUGGCCCCCGAUACAUCCGGAGAUGGUACAGGAUGUGAUAACAUGACCUGUAUCAUAGUUCGCUUUCGGCCGUCAUCAAUCGCUGCCCUGGAAACUAGCAAGAGGAAACUGGAUGAGGGGGAGAUGUCUGCAAAGUCAAACUGCAGCGACAGCAAUAAGAAAGCAAAGCGAGAUUAGCAGGCAGGGCCCUGCACUUAUCAGACUUUAACCUCCAGUACUCCAGACUUAGCGUUUGGCUCUGGCCGUGUCUGUGGGGACACAUGGACAAGCUCUGGCUCCUCGGAGCAGCUUUUGGUUUUCUCUUGCAGGGUUGGAACGUACGCUUUGAGGGGACAUGGGUCAUUAUUAGUCUGUAUCAUUUUGUAAUCAUUCCACAAGUGGGUCCUUCAUGAAUGAAUGUACUGACCGGAUGGAUUUUAAUAUAUAGAUAUUUUUUUUUAUAUAUAUAUAUAAGAAGUGAUGUAGCCUGGCCAUUCCUAUACUCUCCUUUCGUUUGCCAAUGAAAUGUCCCAGAGUGUAAAAUAGCGCUUGGACCUCCUAAAUUUGAUCACAAUCUGCACUAUUUGAUUCUGGUACCACUAAUGGGCAUGUCGAUCUAUAUUUUGUCCCGCGCCCUAAUAACUGCCACUGACCGUUAUUGUUAUCGGAGUUUCCUGGUAAAGUAACUGCCUUCUGGUUUUCCAUUAGUCAUACGUUUCUGGGGGAGAAGAUGGAGCUGACUGGCAAAGGGUGGCAUCAAUUAUAGAAGGUUAGCAAGCAGCUCUACCUCUUCCUGAUCAAAGUGCUAAUAGGCAGAGGGUGAAUGCCGGCAGUACUGACUUGGCCUCCGGUGUUAGAGUGGCUGUAGAAAAGGACACCUGGUUGGCUUCACUAAGUGAGGAAAAUAAUGGCUUAUUCAUGAAGAGGUUUCUGUCACUAAAGUGGCUCUCAUGUCCUGAUAACGCUGCAGGGUAGCUGUCGCCUGUAUUAGAGUAAGACAACCACGGAGGUCCACAAAAUAACUAGUGUAGCCCGAUAGACCUGUUUCAUCAAAUAUUGGAUUGAAAUGUCUUUCUGAAGUUUUUUUAAUUUUCUUUCUUCCUGUGAUUAUUUAAAUAUUUUCUGGUUAUUUACGUGUCCUGAAGCCAUGAAUCAAUGUCCUUUUCAGAAGUUGUAUUUUUUUUUUUCUGACUAAAAGACCAGGGAAAGCCGCUCUGAUUUA